AUGGGUAAAUCCUCCAAGAAAUCUGCUUCUAAGAUAUCUGCUCCUGCGGCCAUUGCUGCUUCUGCUCCUACCAAGCCUUUAAAGAAAGGCAAGAGAGAAGCAGAAGACGUUGUCGAGAAGGAAGUGGUUAGUGCUAAGAAACAGAAAGUAGAGGGGAAGAAGAGUGUGUUGAAGCCUGAGAAGAAGCCCGUGAAGCUGGAAUCCUCGAGCGAAGAGGAUACUUCUUCAGAUUCUGAGCAAGAGGCCAAGGUCAAGGUCAAGGUUGGUGCCAAGAACGGGCAUGUGGAUUCUGACCCAAAGAAGCCUGCAGUUGCAGCAAAUAAUGGCCUCCCAGUAACCAACAGAAAGGCAGUAGCAAGUGAUGAUUCAGACUCUUCCUCAGAAGAAGAAUCCAGUUCAGACGAGGAAGAAUCUGCCCUUAAGAAGGCCCCAGCUCCUGCUUCUACCAAGAAGCAGGAGGAAUCAAGUGAUGAUUCUGAUUCUUCAUCUGAGGAUGACACUUCUGAUGAGGAUGUUGCUGCAGCAAAGAAAGCUUCUCCUGCUGCAAGUCAAAAAAAACUUGAAGUGUCUGCAAAGAAGGGCCCAGCUCCUGCUCCUGCCAAGAAGCAGGACGAAUCAAGUGACGAUUCUGAUUCAUCAUCCGAGGAUGACAGUUCUGAUGAGGAUGUGGCUGCAGCAAAGAAAGCUUCUCCUGCAAAGAAGGGCCCAGCUCCUGCUCCUGCCAAGAAGCAGGACGAAUCAAGUGAUGAUUCUGAUUCUUCAUCCGAGGAUGACAGUUCUGAUGAGGAUGUUGCUGCAGCAAAGAAAGCUUUUCCUGCUGCGAGUCAAAAAAAAGUUGAAGUGUCUACAAAGAAGAAAGAUGAGUCCAGCAGUGAGGAUUCUGACUCUUCUGAAGAUGAGACCGAUUCUGAAGAGGAUGCUGCCCCAGCCAAAAAGGCUCCUGUGCCCCCUGCAAACAAGGGCCCUGUAGCUGCUACCAAAAAGAAGAAUGACUCGAGCAGCGAUGAGAGCUCGGAUGAAGAUGUACCAUCUAAGAAAUCAGAAGCUGUCGCAAAGAAGGAUGAGUCGAGUGAGGAGUCAGAGUCAGAUGAUAGUAGCAGUUCAGAGGAGGAUGUUCCUAAAGCUGCUGCUGUCAAAAGAACCACUGCUGAACCAAAACAGGCAAAGAAGGAUGGAAGCUCUGAAGACGAGAGUUCUGAUGAGGAGCCUCAAAAGAAAAAGAUCAAGCCAUCUGGAGCUCCAAAUGCUGUUAAAUCAAGUGAGGGUGUUGCAGGAGAUGACAGCAGCAGUGAGGAAGAAAGUUCCGAUGAUGAUGAACCUACAAAAACACAGGGGACAAAGAAGUCUGCCACAGUCUCAAAGAAGGAAAGUAGUUCAGAGGAAUCAUCUGAUGAAGAAUCUUCAGAGGAAGAAGACAAACCUCCAAAAACUCCCAAGAAAGCUGACACUGAUGUGGAAAUGACUGACGCAACAGCUACAAAGGCAUAUGCUGCGAAAGGGAUUGACAAAACUCCCCAGACCCCAAGCACUCCAAAAGAGCAGUCAACUGGCUCCAAAACUCUUUGGGUUGCGAAUCUAUCCUUCUCCGUUGAGCGAGCGGAUGUUGAGAAUUUCUUCAAGUCUGCUGGAGAAGUUGUUGAUAUUCGCUUUGGCAUGAAUGCUGACAAUUCAUUUAGAGGUUUUGGUCAUGUCGAGUUUGCCACUUCUGAACAAGCACAGAAGGCUUUGAAUGAACUGAAUGAUGUGGAGUUGUUGGGCCGUCGUGUGAGACUUGACCUUGCUAGGGAAAGGGGAGCAUACACCCCAACUAGUGGAGAUUCACAAUCUUUCCAGAAGGGACCAAGAGCUCAGGGUCAGACAGUAUUUGUUCGUGGAUUUGAUAGAAAUUACAGUGAAGAUCAGGUUAGGAGCUCAUUGGAAGAUCAUUUUGGUUCUUGUGGUGAAAUUACGAGAGUUUCCAUUCCCAGCGAUGCAGAGGGUUCUGUUAAAGGCAUAGCAUAUAUCGACUUCAAGGAUUCAGAUGCUUUCAACAAGGCUUUGGAACUCAAUGGAUCCGACUUUGGUGAGGGCACCACCCUCACCGUUGUGGUUGCUAACUCUAGAAGUGACUCUAGAUCUGGCAGUGGCGGCAGAGGUGGUGGGCGUGGCCGGGGUUUUGGUGCCAGAUCUGGCGGCCGUGGCCGGGGGGACUUUGGUGGUAGAUCUGGCGGCCGAUUUGGUAGUGGUAGGGGUCGAGGACCUUCCAAUAAGCCGAAUUUGGCUGCUCCUGGAACUGGAAAGAAGACAACAUUCGCCGAUGAAUAG